AUGACAAGUGAAGACAAGACAGCACUAAGUGCUGAAAAUAUAUUGAAUGAUAUAUAUAUCGUUACCAUAAACAAAAAUAUUGAGAUCGAUAUUAUUCAAGAAGGGUUACUUCGAAAAGUUAUGGAUGAAGAAGAAUCGAAUAGCAUAUUAUUUUUAGAGGAUAGCAGUUUUUCAAAAAAUGAUAUAGCCAUACUUAAUGUACAUAUAAAAGUGGAAGAUGGAAAGAAUAAAUGUAACUAUUAUGAACUUAAAUAUGUAGAUAUUAAUGUUACCAUAGAUUUUUGUCAGAAGGUAUGUAAAUAUAGUAUUGAAAAUUCUAAUAUACAUAAAUGUUAUUAUUUUAAAAUGAUGAAUAAAAUAAAUUAUAUUACUGAACAAAAAAAAAUGAAUUUUAAAGAUAGUAUUUUAUAUUUGUAUAACACAAUAAAUGAUAAAAACUUUUUUAAAUGCCCAUGUUCAUUAAAUGAUAAUAAAAACGUACAAUUAAACAAUAUACUGAAUGAUCAACAACAAAAAAAAAAAAAAAAAAAUUUAUAUGAUAAAAAUAUUCUUGUCACGAAUAAUUUAACAAAUAUAAUGUUGAAUGAAGUUCAACAACAAAAGAUCAAGAAACAGACUUUUUUUGAUAAUAAAAAUGAUUUAAAUGAUAGUGAUGAUGAAUUUAAUAGUGCUCAUUCUUCACUUAUAAAAAUUAAUAAAUUACUUAAUGUAAAGGAAAAUAAUAUAUAUCAGAACAUCAAAGAAGAUGUAUGCGAAAAGUACUUUCAUCAAAAUGAAGAUAACAAAAGACAAAAGGAUAACAUGGAAAAUAAUAUUAUUGUAAAAGAUAAAAAAGAUAUACUGAAUAAUAUAAUAAAUGAACAAACGAAUGAAGACUAUAUAAAUAACAUAGAAAUAUUAAAUAAACAUAUUAACAAUAAUGAGAAUAAUAUUUUUGAGGAUGAUAUGUCAUUAUAUUCUUUAGAUGAAAAAACAAGCGAACAAAUUGAUAAUAAACAUCAUUUCGUAAAUAUAGACAAACGACAAGAUGAUAUAUCAAAUUUUAUUCAAAUGGAAGAAAAUAUUAAUAAUAAUAUUAAUGAUAAUAUAAAUAAGAUGGUGAGAAAAAAAAAAUAUGUCAAAGAAAAUAGAGUAAUAGAAGAUGAAAAAUAUAUACAAGAUGAUAAUAAAAAAAAAAAACGGUUCUAUAAAAAUGUAAAUGAUAAUAUUCCUUUAACUGUGCAGUUAUCAAAUAAAGGUAAUGAAAUAUGUAAAGAAAUUAUCGAAAUGAAUUCAAGAUAUUAUCGAGAUUUUUAUGAGGAGAAAAUAUUAGGAUGUGGUGGUUUUGGAUAUGUAAUGAAAGUAAAAAAUAAAAGAUUUAAUAUAACCUAUGCAUUAAAAAUUAUAAGAUUAAGCAAUAAUAAAAAUACACCACAAACAAAUAAUAAACAUAUAAAUGAAAAGGAUAAUAAUAGUUAUAUUAUGGAAGAAGCCAUAAUGAUUGCAAAGUUGCAACAUGAAAAUAUUGUAAGAUAUUAUGAUGCUUGGGUUGAAGAAAAUGUAGAUUUUUUCUUACAUAAAGAAUUACAAAAUGAUUUCAAAAAUAUUAAAAUAAAAGUAAAAAGUGAAAAAAUAAAAAGUGAAAAAAUAAAAAGGGAAGAAAUAAAAAAUGAUGAAAUAAAAAAUGAAAAAAUAAAAAAUGAUGAAAUAAAAAAUGAAAAAACAAAAGAUUCUUAUAUAGAAGAAAUCAAAUAUUUUUGGAAUCAUUAUAAAAAGAGUAAAGAUUCAAGUAUAAAUGAUAAAUAUUUAUAUAUAUUGAUGGAAUAUUGUCCAGGUAAAACUCUAAGAGAAGCUAUUGAUUGUGGGUUUAUAUAUAGAAAUGAAAAAUUAAUAUGGGAAUUAAUAAAACAAAUAUUAAAAGGUAUAUCAUAUAUUCAUGAUAUGAAAAUUAUGCAUAGAGAUAUUAAACCUUCAAAUAUAUUUUUACAAAUAACUGAUAAUAUUUUAAUUGCGAAAAUAGGAGAUUUUGGUUUGACCACAAGAAUUGGUGAUACACAAAUUAAUCCAUCAGCUGGAACAAUACAUUAUAUUUCACCUGAACAAUUAAAUGGAGAACCAUUUAAUGAAAAGGCAGAUAUAUUUUCCUUAGGUGUUGUUUUUUUUGAAAUGUUUCAUGAACCAUUUUCUACAUCAAUGGAAAGAUCUAUUACUUUAUCAAAUUUGUUAAAAGGUAUAUAUCCAGAAUAUAUGAAAGCUGAUAAUAAAAAAUUUCACUUUUUAUCAAGUUUGUUAGCUAUUAACCCACAAGAAAGAUGUUGUGCUUAUAAUUUAUUACACGAAAGUGUACUUUUUACCUUUGAAAAAGAUUUUACAGAUAUUUAUAACCUAAUAGAUAAUAAAAGAAAUUGUGAAGAAGUUCAUACUAUAAUAAGUACACUAUUUGAUAAAUUCGAAUAUUUAAAUUCUGAUAAAAUUUUAAAAAAAGAAGACUUUUCAACUUUUCAAAAUGCUAAAAUUUUUACAGAUGAUUUAGAAAUGAGAAAGAAACAAAAAAUUAUAAAAAAGAAAAUUUUAAUAUCUUUAAAAAAAAGAGGUGCUAUAUUUAUACUUACACCUAUUAUCUUGUUACAUAAAUAUUAUAUUCAUUUGGAAAAUACAUAUAUUGAAGAUUAUAAUAUUUAUUAUAAUAUAAAUAAAAAAAAAGAAAAUAAAAUUACUAAUAUAUAUAUCAAUACUAAUAAAAAUAAAAAUAUGGAUAAUUUAAUAUAUAUGUUAGAUAUAUAUGGAAAUUCCAUAACUUUGAGAAAUUCCUUUUUCUUAUCAUUUGCAGAAUAUAUAUAUGACAGUAUCGAUUCUUAUAAUAAAUAUAAUGAGGAUAAUUUAUUUUAUAAAUUUUAUACUUAUGGAUAUACAUAUAAAAAUCAAAUAUUAAAAAGUAAUAAACACUUAAAAAAGGAUACCAUUAAUAAUAAUAUUAAUACAACAACAAAUAUUACUACUAAUAAUACUAUUACUGCAUCAAAUAAUAUUAAUAAUAAUAAUAUGUCUAAUAGUAUGUAUAAUAAUGUGGGUAAUUUUAUGAGUAAUAAUAUGAACAAUCAUAUGAUUAAUAAUAAUCCUUUUUAUUUUUAUAAUAUUUAUCCAGAUGAAAAUGAGAAAAUGUUCUAUUGCAUUUUAUCAAGUUCAAAAAAUGUUUUUGGUAAUGAAGAAUUAAACUAUCUAUCCAUAUUUGCGAAUGCAGAUAUUAUGGUAUCUAUAUAUACAUUAUAUAAUCAUAUAAAUUAUUUUAAUAAUAAAUUGUUAUUUGUAUGGUCAUAUAUUGAUUUGUUAGAAGUAAUAUUAAAAGAAUGCUUAGAUAUACCAAGUGAUAUAUCAUACCAUUUAAGUAUUGAUUUAAAAAAAAAUUCUACAUUAUUAGUCAACAAAUCUUUUGUAAUGUCUUUAUUACAAAAAUAUAAAAUAAAGGAUAUGAAUAAAAUAUCUGAUCAUAUAUUGAAUUUAUUUUAUAUAAAAUGUGAAAGCAAUAAGGUAGAUGAUUAUUUAAACAAUAUAUAUAAUUUCGUUGAUGAUUUGUUAAAUAAAAAAUUUUCUCUUCAAUAUAAAAAAAGUACUUUUAUAACUCAUAAGGAAGUACCAUACGUAAGAAGUAGAAGUAAUAAUAUUUCAACAAGUACAUCAAAAAUAAUAAAAAAUGAUAUUCAAAAAAAUAUACGUACAAAAGAAAAAGAUAAUCAAAAUGAUAAUGAAAAAAAGAAAAUGCAUGUAUAUUCUAUUUUAGACAGAAUAAAAAAAAUUAAUAAUUUUAUAUGUACCAAUACAAUUAUAAACAAUACAUGUUUUGAUUUAUUUUUAAAUUAUGAAGAAAACAUAUUUUGUAAUGAAGUAAUUUUUUAUGUUAUAUGUGAAAGUAAAAAUAAGGAAAUAAUAGCAUAUGGAGGUAGGUUUGAUGAAAUUAUAAGAAAUAUGGCAAAUGAAAUAAAAUACAAAAAUCACGAUAAUUAUAAAAAUGAUUAUAAUUAUGUUAAAGGUAUAUAUAAUAAUAAUAUAAUUAAUAUUAAAGCAUAUGGUGUAGAAAUUUAUUUAGAUAAAAUUUAUUCAAAAGUAAUCGAAUCUAAUGAAAAAAUAUCUAUUCAUUUACAAUAUAAUCCUUCUACAGAUAAAUCACAACUUUUCAAAAACUUUGUUACAUCUUGUCAACAAAAUGAUUUUGCAUGUACAAGUCAUAUAAUUCAACAACCAUUAUUAAAUGAUGAUUAUUUAAAUUAUUCGUCUACAAAAGUUUUAAUACAAGUAUAUGAAAUAUCAAAUCUAUUAAUAGCAUAUGAUUUAUCAAAAAAGUUAUUAACCAAAAAUAUAUCUUCUUAUACACACUUGUCAAUUAAUAAUGCUAAUAUUAAAAAAAAAAUCAAAAAUUUUAAACCUCACAAAAUUCAAUUUUUUAUUACCAUAAAAUCGAAUAAUACAGAUAAUUCGUUUGACCUACUCCAACCAAUCAACUAUGAUAAUGUAGUUUACAAAAUUGUUAAUUAUGAUGAUCAGGAUUGUAAUUUUAUGAACCAACAAGAGUUAAUAAACUACUUAAUUAAAUUUUUCUAA